AUGGCGACGGUUGAUGAUGUGGAAUCCAUCAUCUACCCUGCAUUUUGUUUCAAAGCCUCGCCAACGCACUUCACCUGGGUGAAAAUGGCGAUAGCGGAUGUGCAUCGAUUACAGAAACCGAGGAAUUUUGAUGGCCAGAAAGUCUUCUUCUAUAAAAACCACCCAAUCCGCUUCGUGACAGUGGCAGGACUCAUUGUAGCCAGAACAGAAGUUUUCCGCCGCACAAUCCUCACACUGGAUGAUAGCAGCGGCGCCACGAUUGAAAUAACGGUUCAACAUUCAACAGACCCAAAGCACACGGAGUCAGAUUCAAAGUCUACCGCAAUGAAUGCCAGCUCUGGUCCUGGUGUAUCUCAGUCAAAGCUUCAGUCCCAGAUAACUGGAGGUAUAGGCAGCCAAGAAGAAGAAACAGGCCCAACUGCCUAUAGCAUCGGCGAGGGUGACAGGUCAAAAGACAAGAUCAUCCAGAACGAUACAGUUCAUAUCACUGCAACAGACCAGUCAAUCCUCGAUAUAUCUUCACUGAUACCUGGGACGAUGAUCAAAGUCAAGGGAACGCUGGGCUCAUUCCGAUCAACCAUGCAACUACAUUUGGAACGCUUCAGUAUCAUCCGCGAUACAAACGCAGAAAUGCAGUUCGUUUUUGAAAGGCUUCAAUAUCUUGUUGAGGUUCUUUCUGUGCCGUGGGUUCUACUCGACGAGGAGAUUGAAUCUUUACGUCGGGAGGGCGAGGAAGGGGAUAUCCGGGCUGCAGAGGAGAGGGAGAGAGUCCGGAAGAAGAUUAAGAGGAGGGUUGAGAGGGAGGGAAAGGAUGAACGGCAUAUUGCCAGGAUAUAUCAAAGUGAGGAGCGGGAACGGGAGAAGGAGGCUGCUGUCUGUAGGGAAGACGGUGUUAGGGUUAUGAAAGAGAUUUGGGAGAGGAAGAGGUCCAGAUUGGAAAAAAAUUGA